GUAAUUUAGAUUUCUUUGUUUAGAGCUGUGAUUGGAGACUGAUAAAGCCUUACAGAAACUCAGUGAGCUGAUUGACAAGUCUGUUUUCAAGAAAAACUGCUGUGUCUGAUACUUUAUUUCAGAGCAGAGUGUAUCAGUGUAUUUGAUUUUGUUCUGACUGUCUUUGAAAUAUUUUAUCAGGUGUCAUUGGAGCAAGAAAAGGAACAAGAGACUUUAAACCAGAAAAAUGUCACUGAGCCUCUCCCAGCAGCAGACAUGAAGAAAAAAACAGAUGGGUACCAGGAUGUAGCAGUGAGGUCCCUGGCGUCCAGAGCAGACCCAGAAAAGGACAGUGAAACUGACCAAAGUUCCAAUAGUGAGAAGGAGGCCGAGGAGGCAGGAGAGAAGGGUCCUGCUCCUCUGCUCCCGAGCACUCCCUUGGCUCCUGAAAGGGAUCCAGUCCCAACCCCUGGUGCUGGCAAACAGUCCCUUGCCUCUCCCAGUGCCCUGAUGGACUCAAAACAAGAAGCCAAAACCUGCUGUUUUAGAGAGAACCCUGAAAAUGAGCUCCAAGAUGCACCAUUCCCCAGCUUCCCAACCACGCAGCCACCACUGGCAAACCAGAAUGAGGUAGAGGAGGACAAGCUGCCUGCAAUGGCUGAUUACAUUGCCAACUGCACUGUGAAGGUGGACCAGCUGGGCAGUGAUGACAUCCACAAUGCACUCAAGCAGACCCCAAAGGUCCUUGUGGUCCAGUCAUUUGACAUGUUCAAAGACAAAGACUUGACUGGGCCCAUGAAUGAGAACCACGGACUCAAUUACACACCUCUGCUAUACUCUAGGGGCAAUCCAGGCAUCAUGUCCCCACUGGCCAAGAAAAAGCUUUUGUCCCAAGUGAGUGGGGCGAGCCUCUCCAGCAGCUACCCUUAUGGCUCGCCACCCCCUUUGAUCAGCAAAAAGAAACUGAUUGCCAGGGAUGACUUAUGUUCUGGUUUGUCCCAGGCUCACCACAGCCAAAACACUGACCACAUGGCAGUCAGCCGGCCAUCAGUGAUUCAGCACGUCCAGAGCUUCAAAGGCAAGCCCUCGGAGGACAGAAAGAGCAUCAAUGACAUCUUUAAGCAUGACAAACUGAGUCGAUCAGAUGCCCAUCGCUGCAGCUUCUCCAAACAUCACCUCAACUCCCUGGCUGACUCUUACGUCCUGAAGCAAGAAAUUCAGGAGGGCAAGGAGAAACUUCUAGAGAAAAGGGCACUCCCCCAUUCCCACAUGCCUAGCUUCCUGGCAGAUUUCUACUCCUCCCCACAUCUUCACAGCCUCUAUCGUCACACCGAACACCAUCUUCAUAAUGAACAGACAUCCAAGUACCCUUCCAGGGAUAUGUACAGGGAAUCAGAGAACGGUUCUUUUCCUUCCCACAAACACCAGGAAAAGCUCCAUGUAAAUUAUCUUGCAUCUCUCCAUCUGCAAGACAAAAAGUUGGCCUCAGCAGAAGCCUCCACAGAUGAUCAGCCAACGGAUUUAAGCCUUCCCAAGAACCUGCACAAGCCUACUGGCAAGGUCCUGGGCCUGGCCCACUCAGCCACAGGACCCCAAGAGAGCAAAGGCAGCUCCCAGUUCCAGGUCAUCAGCAGCCAGAGUCGAGACUGUCACCCCAAAGCCUGCCGAGUGUCACCUAUGACCAUGUCGGCCCCUAAAAAAUACCCAGAAUCACUUUCCAGAUCGGGCAAACCUCACCAUGUGAGACUGGAGAAUUUCAGAAAAAUGGAAGGCAUGGUCCAUCCCAUCCUGCACCGGAAAAUGAGCCCUCAGAACAUUGGUGCAGCACGUCCCAUCAAGCGCAGCUUAGAGGACUUGGACCUGGUGAUUGCAGGGAAAAAGGCCCGGGCAGUGUCCCCCCUGGACCCGUCCAAGGAGGUGUCUGGGAAGGACAAGUCCUCAGAACAGGAGAGCGAGGGCAGCAAGGUAGCCUAUGGCGGGCAUUCCGGGGGAGGAUCUGAGAGCCACAAGCUUCCCCUGUCCUCCCCUAUCUUCCCAGGUUUGUAUUCUGGGAGCCUGUGUAACUCGAGCCUCAACUCCCGGCUCCCAGCCGGGUAUUCUCAUUCUCUUCAGUACUUGAAAAACCAGACAGUGCUCUCCCCACUCAUGCAGCCCCUGGCUUUCCACUCGCUCGUGAUGCAAAGAGGAAUUUUUACAUCGCCAACAAAUUCUCAGCAGCUCUACAGACACUUGGCUGCGGCCACACCUGUAGGAAGUUCGUACGGGGACCUUUUGCACAACAGCAUUUACCCUUUAGCUGCUAUCAAUCCUCAAGCUGCCUUUCCGUCUUCCCAGCUGUCAUCUGUACAUCCCAGUACAAAACUGUAAGCCCAGCUCUACCCAGCAUCUCAAAACAGCAGAGCUGACAGAGCUUCACUCUCACCUUGGGGUGCUGGCUUGCAGAGUUUAGAAGUCAGUAUUCCUUCUAAUCUUGGGGUACUAUUAGUCCCAGCCAGAGAGGCCGAGAGGAAAGGUGAACACACCUGAUUUUUCUGGGACAACUGCAACCUGGCUGGUCCAUCUUGACUCCCUUCCAACAUCGAUGCCCUGGCAUCCCAGAUCAUUUGUUUUGCAAAUGUGUCUUGUGAAGGGAUUUCUGUAUAUCUGGGAAGAACUUAGAGGGCCCCAUCUGAGCUCGAAUGGUCAGGAAACAAUCUGAGUCAAACGGGGCAGGCUUUUCAAAGGAAGGGGCAAAAACAGACUGGCAAACGUAGCCAACAGAUACCCCUCUUUUCAUAAAAAAAAAAAAAAACUCUCCAAGUUCAAUCAAUGCAAUGUAUAGUGAAACUUCAAUAGAUCUUUCAUUUUGACACUAUUAAACAAUCCAGAGAAGUAAACACUGUUAAAUUAACUGUAUAUAUUUGCUUCUUGAAACUUCCCGUAUCACUGUUUGCUCACCUAAUUUAUACACAGGCAGUUCAUUUUCUCCCAGUUCCUUCUUGCUCCCCCCUUUUUUAAUUAAACAAUAUUGCUUUUAUUUGCAGGUUCUUUGUUUUUGUUUUAUCUUUUUUUUUUUGUUUGUUUGUGUUAAAGGCUGACUGACUGUCCUAGUUGUUGAUGUGUGUUUGUAAUUUUUCCACAUUUUAUCAUUUUGAGCAGCUUUUGGUGGUAAAGUUAUUGUUUACAAAUUGAAGCAACUGAUUCUAGUGGAACAAAUGAGAAAGAAACAGUCGAGCACACCUAAGUGCAAAGAAGGUUCCUUUGCAGCUCCGCACCUUGCGGGUUUUGUUCCUCGUAAAUGGCAUAGUUCAAAGAGCUUACACACUGCUUACUCGCCACAUGCUUUGCUUUGAAGUAUUGGGUUAUGUGAAAAUAUUGAGCAUUGUACUUACCUUAUCUAGGCUGUGAAACUGUCCUACAUACCAGAGGAAUCAUAAAAACAAAAACCUCACUGGCAGAAACUGAUGAAUAACAACAGAAUCUAGAAGACAUAUUUGUGGGCUGCACAGAUAUUUUAGGAAUUUCAGAAAUUAGAACAGGAGCCAGAAUGACUUUCAUUGGUGUUGACACUGCUCCCUUUAUACGGUCUGGGAAAAGAGGGUUGGGGAAAGGAUGGAGCUCAACUGUCCAACGGAGGAGGAACGGCUGCAGGCCUGACCAUUUGACCAUCAGGCAGCUUCCCUAGGCAGCAGCCUUUUGAGUCCUAGGCAGUCACUGUCUUCAUCAACUGGUUUCUUGGCAUUCCCAAGAAGAUUCUCCCAGGUUCCAUCUUUGGGAAUAAUUGCCAUAAUGGAUUACUCAUUUCAAAAGAAAGUUAUGUUCUUUGGGUUUUUGGGGCAUGAGUUUUGUGUGCAUUUGCACACAUAAAGCAGUUUGGGGUUUUUAAUCACCUGGCAAUACUGUCCACUUUACAGUUUCUUGUGUAUUUGGAAGUGAAUGGUCAACCUGGUUAAACACUCAGAAGAUGUGGAGUAUGCCUAUUGUCAUUCUUGACCCUUUAUUUCAUUUGCUCCUCAGAUGUAAAAUCAAGGUGGACAUAUUUUCUAAGUGUAUUUUAAGAGUCGAUUAAUAGUGGAAUUUCUUCCCCAUCCCCACCCGCCCCUGCUGAAGACUGCUUUGAUGAAGUCCCCAGCCCAUUCUCCCCUCCCCCAACACUACUAGUAGACUUUAGAAUCAUAGUUAACCAAGCCUUUUACCUCUGAGAUAUUUAAGUCUAUGAAAAUUGAUGACAAUUUUCAACCUCUAAAUAGAUAACGCAACUGCAAAAUAAUCAAAGCCAAUAACAGUGAAACUGCGGCUCUUACACAAAGCCAUGCAUGCCGUGCAUUUGUAUUGAAAUGUCUCCAUAAUAUGAAGCCAAAUAUUCCAUGUAACAUACUUAAUAUCCAAAGGUGGAAACAAGAGAAUGUAGAGAUCCAGUGUUAAGAGUUCCAUUUGCUUCAAUUAAUUAUUUACCUUCCUGUGGAAUAAUAUAUAUAUAUAUAUUUAAUAGAAUCAUAGAUAGACUAGUAGAAUUUAGAUUAUAAAUGUGUGAAUGCAGAUUAUCCUGCUAUUGCACAAGAAUGAGGGGGGGAAAUCUCAAUUCCAGCUGGCAAAAUGCUGGCCAGGACACAUACAAGAAAGUUGCACUAGAUUGAAUGGUCACAGAAUCAGACGACAUGGAAGAAAAACGCUGGUGAUUCUGCUGCCGACUUGGGCUAGAUCGUAUGUAGUUUCUGUGAGUUCACUUCUCAAAGAGAAUGAGGGCUUUUUGUCCCCGGUGGAGCUCACCUAUCCAUUUGGAAUAUGGGGCAUUUGUUUUCCCCACUGCAAUGAUUUCAGUCUGGUUUCAUCAUGUUGGAAUUCGAUCUCACCAUUUUCAAACAAUGUUAACAUAGUCCAGCUUUUGUUUUUCUCAUCUAUUCUGAGAGGAGACCCACUGUUUCUGCCUGAGGAGUCUCAUACCCUCAGCAAAACAUCAGGACUAGUAAAGAGAGAUGGGGGAUAUAUUCUGAACAGAAGCAGUGUGUUAUUUGUUUUAAAACUCUAAGCAGAGAUCUUGGAAAUCUUUCAAAAAAAACCAUUGAAUUCUUCAUUGGCUGAGAACCACAUUUUUAAAAGUCUUAAAUAGGACUUUGUUUGCAUUGUUUGAGUUCAAGGGGCCUUAUUAUUGAAGGGCAUUGCACAAGCCUUUCUUUGUGCAAUCGAACCAUUGUUAUUGGUAGUUCUGUAAAGGAAACUGUGGAAUCUAAUUGGCAUUGGAGUCAUAAAUCUAUUUACUGAGUAUGGCUUCCAAGAAAUGUUGCAAUUCAAAAUGCACUAAGUCUAUGAUUUAUUGGAGAUUUGGAGAAUCCAAAUAAUAUUUUAAAAAACCUUUCCAUACAACUUCUGGUCUAACUUUUGGCAACUUAAUAUAAAAAAAAAUUUUUUUUAAAAAAAGAAGCCCAACAAAGUUCUAGAAUUAAGUGUUCUCCUAGUGAAUGAUUUGAACUUGUAGUAUUUGCCGCAGGACUGACUUAUUUAUUUACUAGUGAGAAGCUCUUAAGUUCGCUUGCUUAUCAGGGCAUAUACAGAAGGGUUUGUUCAAACUCAAUGUUGACUUCACAACUUUCUGACCUGGUGCAUGAAUUCUCAAGUACUGUAUUUCACUGUGUUGGUGUGUGUCUGAUGGAAAUUUUGAGGUGGUCCCACAAAAAUAUUUUAUGUAGUGUGCCUUCAAAGAGAACCAUUUAUUCCUCUUCUCUUGUAACACAAAGUCACAUUUGGUGGUGGUCAGCCAAGUCCCAUCUGGUCUAGUUUUACUCUUGUCCCAAUUUUAGAGAGAAAUGGGUAUGAUUUUGCGCUAGUGAGACCCACACCAUUACAAUGAUGACCUUGAGCACUUAAACUCCAGUGUUGGCUGUUGAUGUAUUUGAUAUUCCGCUUGUCUCCCCAUGGUUGAAAUAUGUCUGAAGAAUAGCAGCGUAAUCUCUUGGCUGUUUAUACUUUUUUAAACUUUCCUGUGUUGUAAAUAUUGUAUACUUUUUGGUGAUUCCAGCUAUGUAACCUCUAUGCUCUGUUCAGUGGUUAUUUGUAUAUAGUACCAUGGCCCAGUGAUAUUAUAUAGUUUCCCAAUGGAGAGGUUAUUGAGUAACCUUUGCAUUAGUUUAAACACUACCAGAAGAAUGCUGAGCCAACUAUAAACACUCAAUUUUGUAUGUUUUCCAAAUUGUACUUAUUACUGCUUUUGAUACUGUAUUACGUGCCAAUAGUUUCCCAAUCACAUAGCAGGCAAGAGAUAUUUUGUACUUUUUGAUCCACUGUAAUAUUUAAUAAAAAAUGUUACUAUCUGUU